UCUGUUUUUUUCCCGCCCUACAACGUCGCAGUGAGCUGAGGGGACGGAUAAACGGAUAACGGAGCCGUUUUCCCCGCCUCGCCGGUUCCUGUCGAGGGCGAAGCGGAGGAUGUUGAUGUUUACGUUCAUCUGAGACUCGGUUCGUUUUCAUUUUCUUAUUAUUUUUGACCUCCUGUGGAGACUCCAUGUUUUCCUCCGUGCCGCCGGCUGCUGCUGUCGUCUGAUUCCGCUCUGCAUUGAAACGUCAAAACAGACCGGGUAACUGAGGCGGGGCCAAGCGGUGGGAAAACCCCCUCCCCCUGCCUCUCAUUGGUCUUCUAUACCAUGAGCUCUGGCUCCGCCCAGGAUGUGGCGGUGGAGCAUUUCCUGCGUGACAUAGAGAGGCGGGGCCAGCGGCUGCACUGCGCUGUGAUUGGCUGCGAAGAGGAGCCUCUCCGUGGCGACAUGAACCUACUGUACCGCAAGAGCCGACUGGACUGGCGACAUCGAGAUCAGGAGGGCAAGAAGAGUUCCAGUUGUAAAGAUGCUUCCUCAGCGACGGUGGGGAAGGUUCGCGACCUGGCUUCAUUCCGUCGUCAUUUCCGGAUGGGUUUUAUGACCAUGCCGGCGUCUCAGGACCUGUCCCCCCACUCCUGCGCUGCCGCUAUGGCGCCGCGCUCUCAAUCUUGCCAUGCCGUGGGCGCGGGAGAGGGCGGGAGUCUGGAGAACGGAGACUAUCCUGACUCAGACACACAGACGCCCCCUAACCCAGCCCGCUGCCCCCCGGCCAAACCCAAACGUCACCCUAGCACACGCCUUAGCUCCACGCCCCAGCAGGAGCACCCGGCACGGGGCAGCCAUGGCCCUCCGGACGCCCCGCCCCCACCACCCCCUCAAAACCCACCAAAACACUCUGAGAAGAAGAACGCAAUGAAGAAGUCUGAUUCUGGUGAGAUGCCAGGGAGAAAAGUGCCACCACAGAAGCCGAAGCGGAGCCCAAGCACCCAGCUGUCCUUUGAUCCCCCACCCCCUCGAGUCCCGCCCCCUGCUACACCCCUGCCAUUCCAGAGCGCAGAGCCAUCUCCCCAUGGUGAAGGCGGGGAAGACGAGCCUGUCUACAUUGAGAUGGUGGGUCAGGUUUUCACCCGAGAGACCCCUGGUACACAAACGCCACACCCACUUACACCCAGUGCCACCACGCCUGACUCUGACUCAGAUCAAGGCGAGGCCAUUUAUGAGGAGAUGAAGUAUCCCGUGGCUGAGGAUUCGGCUCGGGACGCCCAGCGCCGCCUGCCACCCAAACACAAGUCAGCCAAAGCCUACCACUCUUCCUCCAUCAGCUCUUCUUCAGCAUCUUCUUCCCUCCCUCGUCCCUCAUCCUCCUCUCCCUCCUGCCCUUCUUCCCAUUCCAAACCCAAAGCUGCCGUCUCCAUCUCCCACUCCUCCCCUCUCCCUUCCUCCUCUUCUGCCUCCUCCACCCCUGUGCCCUCACAGCCCCUUUCCGCCUCACCCCACCCGCCCCGCGCCCCCACCCCAUUCCUCCUCCCCGGCACCAAGUCCGAAUCGGAGAUCGGCAGCACCAGCAAGAUCCCGGCGCCGUUUCCCAAUCUGCUGCAGCACAAACCACCUCUACUGGCCUUCCCUCAGCCCGCUGCUGCCUCUAGUGGCAUUUCAGCGCAGCACAAAAGCAGUUCAGCCAAAUCGGGGAGCUCCAGUGGUCAGGCACCCUCGAGCCUGCCUCCAACUACUGGCACGUCCAGCUCCAGCUCCAAGGAGACGUCCGGAGGUGAAAAGGAGAGAGAGAAGGACAGGAAAGACGGUCAGUUAGGUCCAGCGCCGGGCCUUAGAGCAAGGAGCCACUCCACUCCUCUGCCUCCGUCCUCCAAAUCUUCCUCGCCCUACUCACAUCAUAAUCACCACCACCACCCUCAUCACCGGCCAUCGCACUACCAUCACUACCGGAAACCUGAGAAAGAGUCAUCAAAAGCAAGAGAAGCCUACCGAGAAGGAGGCCCCUCGCAGGCCUCAGCUCAGACCCAGACGCAGGCCAAGGAGGGCAAGUCUGUCAGUUUCCUGCUCAAGUCAGACAAAUUGGAGAGAGAGAGGGACCGGGAGAGGGACAGAGACAGAGACAGAGACACACCAGAGUCCAGCCAGGCUGAGUCAGCCACACACACGUCCCACACCGGCACUAGCACCACGCCAACCCCCAGCCUUUCUCUUGCGGCAUCAUCAUCCUCCUCGUCAUCGGUGACGCCGUCCACCUCUUCCUCCUCCCAGAGGCCCCAUUCUCGGCCCCACCUGCAGCGCUCCCACACCCCCCACCUACCCGCCUACAAACCGCCACCGUCUGACAGCCCCCUGCUCUGGACCUACCCUUCCGUUGGCUUCCGGCGGCCCCCAGCCUAUGACAGCCUGCGUGGGGGUCCACAGCUUCCCACUCUGCAGCAGCCAGAUGGUGGGGCCAAGGGCGGAGCUGCAGCCACACAGGCCCAGCAGCAAGCCAAGGCAGGGUUUCUGCCCUGGGACAGCAGUCUGAGCAUCGAUGAGCAGGCCUACUGGCCCAUGCACAGGAAACUGUCCUUCAGCCACAGCAGCAGAGAAUCAGAGAAGGAGGAUGGUCGUGUGUGGAACGGCAGCACUGACGCUCUGUUGAGAAGAGACAGAGAGGACGUUGGGGUCGGGGUCCGGGGCACAGGGCACUCUGGGAUACCCGUGCGGGCAUCAAGCAGAAUCGGGCACAGCGAGAGCCUGGCGGGGGCGGACGGACCCCCGGGGUUCAGGGCCCUGCCCCGAGCAGGACUGCCCCUGCCCUGCCAAACCUUCCCCGCCUGCCGAAACGGAGAGCUGGGCCGAUUGGGUAGAUCAUCCUCCACAUCAGGAGUGAAGCAGGCGGGAGGAGACGUUCAGAGACAGAGCAGCCUGCCGGCCAGAGAGGCUCUCAGUCAGCUUCAUGCUCUCUCUCAGGCUCCCUGCAGUCCCUCCCUGGCCCGUCCGCAGAUGCAGACACAGCAGCAGCAGGCUCAGGCUCAGGCUCAGGCUCAGUUCCACCUGCAGCAGCUCCAGCAGCACCACCUGCAGCUGCAGUUCCAGCAGCUGGCCCAGCUCGCAGCGCAGGCGCAGCCUCUAGCCACCGGGGGCAGUGCUCCCGGCGCACCGACCCAGCGCGACGGCAAACUGCUGGAGGUGAUCGAGAGGAAGAGGUGCUUGUGUAAGGAAAUUAAAGCCCACCGGCGGCCUGAUAAGAGCCUGUGUAAACAGGACAGCAUGCCCAUCCUCCCCAGCUGGAGGAAAACGCCUGAACCACGAAAGACAGGCACUCCGCCCUGCCAGAGACCGCAGGCCGUGGUGUGGGACACAGCCAUCUGACAGAGAGAAAGAGGAGGGUGGCACGGAGGAAGGCAAGAGUGCAGGACGCCAUAGGGGGGUCGCGUGUCUGAGAACUGAUGAGAGAGAGUGGAGGGAGAUCAGUAGGCUACGUUCACAUUACAAGUGGCACAAACCUGACGUUGUUGCCUAAACACAGAUCUGAUUCUUUCAAAAAAGCGGAAGCAUAUCUCAUAUGUGGUAACUUGUAACAAUGUAAACAGAUUGAAGGAGAGUUCCACCUUUUUUUUAAAUCUCUAUGAUUACUUUAAGGUUAAGAUGUGAGCAAACGCAUUCAGAGAGGUUUGAUGUGAAACGCUCUGUUCUAGAAAAAACUUACAGAGUCAAAUUUGUCCACAGUGAUGGUGAUAGGAACCAGACGUCUAAAAGAGUUUUAUGUCUCUAAAAGCUCCCUUUUAUUAUGAAUAUGCUGCCUGAUGCCUGAGACAUUACUUUAUGACAAAGCUUUCGCCUAAAAUGUGUUUUUUAAAAAGCGAUUAGUGGUGGAGAGGUACUUGCAGAGUGUUGUGAGGCAAAAUAGACCAAUUAUUUUUUCAGAUUUAUCACUAUUUUGCCAUCAUCACCAUAAUAUCUAAACACUCAGGAGAAUUUAGGUUCACUGGUUGUUUUGGAUAAUAAAUAAAAUGGCUAUAUUUUGAUUGUUGACCUCCUGGUUCCUAUCAUCACCACUGUAAGGUGU